GUUUGGCUCGGCCGCUGCUUCAUUAGCCCACCGCCUCGCUCUCCUGCAGCAUCGGCGUGAGAGGCAGAGAGAGACGGAGAGAUGGAGACACGGUUCUGAUUCACUCCUCCUACCUCCUCCCACUCCACGGGCCAAAGAACCACCUACACACACACACACACUCACGCCGUAGCCAUGACGACCUCAGCCCUGCGGCGUCAGGUGAAGAACAUUGUCCAUAACUACUCAGAGGCGGAGAUCAAAGUGCGCGAGGCGACCUCCAAUGACCCCUGGGGUCCGUCCAGUUCACUGAUGUCAGAGAUCGCUGACCUGACCUUCAGCGUGGUGGCCUUUAGCGAGGUCAUGGCCAUGGUGUGGAAACGCCUCAAUGACCACGGCAAAAACUGGAGACACGUCUACAAGGCGCUGACCCUGCUGGACUAUCUGGCCAAGACAGGCUCUGAGCGGGUGGCCCAGCAGUGCCGGGAGAACGCCUUCACCAUCCAGACGCUGCGGGACUUCCAGUAUGUUGACCGAGAUGGGAGGGACCAGGGCGUGAAUGUCAGGGAAAAGGCCAAGCAGCUAGUGGCUCUGCUGAGGGACGAGGAGCGGCUCAGGCAGGAGCGAGCCCAAGCCCUGAAGACCAAAGAAAGGAUGGCAGGAGGAGGAGGAGGAGGAGGAGGAGGAGGAGGGGGAGGGGGGGGUGGAGGACGAGGAGGAGGAGAUGGUGGAGGAGGAGGUGGAGGAGGAGGAGGAGCAUAUCCUAACAGGAGGAGUAGCCAGCCCAGCAUGGCCGCACUGUACGGAGAAGAAUUUAGCCGCUCCAGAGAAUCUCCAUCAUCCUUUAACUCCUCUGCCUCUUCUCCCAGAGCGUCUGAGCUGGAGCAGUCUCGGCCUCAGACCAGUGGAGAGGAAGAACUGCAGCUACAGCUGGCGCUCGCUAUGAGCAGAGAGGAGCAGCGGAGCCGUCAAGGGGACGAUUCCCAACUUCAGAAAGUUCUGGAAGAAAGCAGGAGAGAGAGUGAAUCUGGACGAGGGGAGUCAGCGAUGAUUGAUCUGGUGGAUAUAUUCGGUCCCUCGUCUGAAGCACCACCUAGUGAUGACCCCUGGGAUGCCCAGCCCACCUGCCCAGUGAACUCUGACCCCUGGGAUUCUGUAGCUGUGGUUAAGUCCAGCACUCCUGUAGUUGGCAGUCCUUGGAUGGCCCGCCCCUCCUCCAGUAGCCCUACCCAUCCAUGGGGAACCAGCCAAUCACCUCCGGACCCUUGGGGUGCUCCGCCCACCGACCCCAGCCCCAAACCUGCAGAACAAGCAUGGAGGAGUCCAGCACGGCCAGCCUCAGUUGGAGUCGACCCAUUCUCCAUUCGGGAGGAAGAGGAGGAGGAGGAGGAGGAGCUGAGAGAGGAAGAGAGAAAGGAGGAGAGUAAGGAGAGAAGAGAGGAGGGGCCUAACAGGGUGUUCAGCCCACGCUGUGACAGUCCAGCAGAUGUUGACCCUUUUGCUGAGCUGGUGGUGGGGGGACAGGUGAACGGUAGAGUUGAGGACAGUCCGGUGACCUUUGACCUUUCUCGUUUGGGUCCGCCGCUGGAGUCGGUGACACCCAGAAUGUGCCGGACACCUGAAGCUUUUCUGGGUCCCACCGCCGCCUCGCUUGUCAACCUGGACACGCUGAUCCCUACAAACCCACCUGCCAAGAGCAAAAACCCCUUCCUCUCAGGUUUGAGUACUCCUUCUCCCACUAACCCAUUCCAUUGUGAGCAGCCCAGACUGACUCUCAAUCAGAUGCGUCCGAGCUCCACCUCCCCUCAGCCUCCUCAUACUCUUCCUCACACUCUCUCCUACAGUGCCUCCCUGCCCCUCCCCCUACAGCAGCAGCAGCGUCCAUCACUGCCCUCGUCCUUUACUCAGCCCCACCAUGGCUUGCUAGAGCUGCCCAGUAACCUGCCCCAGCCCCUUCUGCCCCUGUCACCAACACCAGCCCCUCAGCUGCAGAGCCACAGUCAUAACCCUUUCCUCUGAAAACGAUGUAGAUCAGGAUCACGGCGGUUCACACGCUUACUGAUUCUGAUUCUGACUGAACUG